CCAUAAGCAAGAAAUUCUCUGUAUCACAGACCACUGUAUCAUAUUCUACACCAUAAUUAGGGUUUCAAUUUGGGGCAAAAGAAAGAAAAAAAGUAGAGAAAAGGAAGAAGAUGAGAUCGGUAUGGUGUUUGGUUGUUCUAAUUUUCUCCAUUAAUCUCUUGUACGACGUCGUCACUUCCUCUCAGAUAUUAUCUGUUCACGCAGGCGCAUCAUUCAGUCAAAGUUCUAAAGAACCAAAAUAUAAGGUUGAGUUUCAUUCAGAAGACUCACCUUUCCAACCGGAUGAUGACCAGGAAACUAUUCUUAUGCCCAACAAAAACGGGGAGAAGUUCCUCUGUUAUUUGCCUAAAGUCAAUAAACCGAAGUUUGGUAAACCAGUGACAACCAAUAUAAGCAGUUUGGUCGUGGACACUGAGAAACGCAUCAAGUUGAAGACGCCAGAUGAACUACUUGAAGUACUGAAGGAUCGAUGCCUUAUCAGGCAAGAAGGGUGGUGGUCAUAUGAAUUCUGUUAUGAGAACAAGUUGAGGCAAGUUCAUUUGGAGGACGAAAAGUUGGUUCAAGAAUUUAUCUUGGGCUAUUAUGAUGCUGAGGCUACCGAAGCUUAUCAGCAGAAGCACUCAGAUAAUUCAGUACUUAAGGAUCCCCGUUCGAAAGAUGCAUCACAAAGAUAUCAUGCUCAUAUCUAUACUAACGGAACUACAUGUGACUUAACAAAUGAGCCACGACAGACAGAGGUGAGGUUUGUUUGCUCAGAACCUAGAGCUAUGAUAAGCUCUAUAACUGAAUUAUCCACCUGCAAGUACGCUCUCACCAUACACUGUCCAACCCUCUGCAAACACCCGCUCUUUCAGGAAGAAAGGCCAGUGUGGCAUACCAUUAACUGUAAUAAACUUCCGAAAGAUUACAGAGAAAUGAACGUUGAAGAAAACUUUGAAAAUGAAAAGAUCGCCAUGGUGACAGACUCAGAGUAUCAGCCUUUGAUUCAGACGAGCACGUGAAAGUGGAGGAAGACAAUUUAGAAGAUGAAAAUAUCACUGUAGCAACAUAAUACAUACAUGACCUAUGAAAGGAAUUUUUUCUAUUUACUGCAGAAAUGUUACAUUUAUCGACUUAUCAAGAAGCUAAGGUAAAACACAUUUUUCUCAAGGUACAGGGAUAGAAGUCACAUUUGUUCAGGAAACAUGACCCCCUAAUGUUAUAAUAUAAGAUGGCAUUUUAGCUCAA